AUGGAACACCCCAACGUCACGACGUCAUACGAGAGUACGAUCAAAAUCGUUCAGUUGUCGGCGAAAUUAAUUACUGCAUGGCUAGAUGAUCCGGAAGCUUUUACACUUGGGAAAUCUCUCGAUUAUCUUAUGAAAGACGGCUCACCUGAAGCAAAGUAUUAUGCUACUCUUUUGGAUAAAAAGAUCAGGACAAGUAUUGUGUUGUCAAUGGCUUUAAAAAAUGGUUUAGAGCACUCACUACGACUAGGAGAGAAGUCUAUGAACUGUCUCUUUGAUGAUCUAUGUACUCAUUAUAGUUGA